UGGUAAAUUAUCAUUUAGCAAUAUUUAACAUUGAAUUGUCAAUUUUUUUUUGUUUCAAGAUCAUUUUAUUUUAGACUGUAGUUUUAUUAAAGUAGUGGUAAGAGAUAACGUGUAAAAUGUCGAAUGCUGGGAAAGUAAUUAAGUGCAAAGCUGCCGUGGCAUGGGAGGCUGGCAAACCAUUAUCUAUUGAAGAAAUUGAAGUAGACCCGCCCAAAGCCGGCGAAGUCCGCGUUAAAAUUCUUGCAACAGGCGUCUGCCACACCGAUGCUUACACGCUUUCUGGGAAAGAUCCCGAAGGAGUUUUUCCUGUGGUACUUGGACACGAGGGCGGUGGUAUUGUCGAGAGCAUUGGGGAAGGCGUGACAACAGUUAAACCUGGUGAUCAUGUGUUACCUCUAUACGUUCCGCAGUGCAAAGAGUGCAAGUUCUGUCUAAAUCCCAAGACCAACCUUUGCCAGAAAGUGCGUGUUACCCAGGGUCAAGGUGUAAUGCCCGAUGGAACUAAAAGAUUCCAUUGCAAGGGUCAAGAAUUGUUCCAUUUUAUGGGAUGCUCCACUUUCAGUGAAUACACAGUUGUUUUGGAAAUCUCUCUUUGCAAAAUUGCUAACAAUGCUCCUUUAGAUAAAGUAUGUUUGCUUGGCUGUGGAGUUACUACAGGAUAUGGAGCUGCAUUGAAUACAGCAAAGGUUGAGUCUGGAUCCAACUGUGCAAUCUUUGGUCUGGGUGCUGUCGGUUUAGCUGUAGCUCUUGGCUGUAAGGUUGCAGGGGCUAAGAGGAUUAUUGGUGUGGAUAUAAACCCUGAUAAAUUUGAAACUGCUAAGAAAUUUGGUGUAAAUGAGUUUGUAAACCCCAAGGAUUACGAUAAGCCAAUCCAGCAAGUUCUAGUUGACUUGACAGAUGGAGGACUGGAUUAUACCUUUGAAUGCAUUGGUAAUGUGAACACAAUGCGUGCUGCCCUUGAGGCCUGCCACAAGGGUUGGGGAGAAUCUGUUAUUAUUGGAGUGGCUGGUGCUGGUGAAGAGAUUAGUACCCGUCCCUUCCAGCUUGUGACUGGUAGAGUUUGGAGAGGAACUGCCUUUGGUGGGUACAAGAGUCGUGAUAAUGUUCCUAAACUUGUUGAAGACUACCUCACUAAGAAGCUUCCUCUGGAUGAUUUUGUAACCCAUAAAGUGUCACUUAAUGAAAUAAAUGAAGCUUUUCACCUUAUGCAUGUAGGAAAAUCUAUUCGUGCUGUUGUUGAAUUCUAAUAUUAUUUAUUACUUUGAUGAAUCUUUAUUAACCAGUGCAUUUUAAACAGUUUCUAAAACUGCAUUUAUUCAUUUCAGAAAAAUAUAUUUUUUUGUAUUAUUAAAUAUUUUAUUUAGAAUAUUUCAUUAUCAUUUUGAAAUAUCUUUUAAUGUUACAUAAGCAAAGGCCAAAAAGUUCAAUUGUUUGAUAAUGCUUUAUCCAGUAAUGAUAAAAAUAUUGAUAAUAUAUGUUUUGAUAGCAUACAUACAAUUAAUUUCUCACUGUUAGUACAUUCAUACUUAUAUUGAAGUUAAAGUCCAACUUUUGACCUUGACAUUUGUCAUUUGACAAAUUGACUCAAAUAAUUGCUAAUUUAAUAUUAAAUUAAUUUAUGAAUAUGCUUACACAAUCAAAGAACUUUUACAAUACCAUUUCCUUUUCAAUCUUAAGGAUAUUGUGUCGUAAUCAUGAUAUUUGUGAGAAGAUCGUAAAAAAAAACUAACAGUUUAGAAACAACAUAUGUAUAUAAUUUAUUGCUAAAUAUACCAAAAAACUUAUCUUAAUAUAUUCCAGGAUAAACUACUUUAUAUGUAAUACUUUAUUUUUAAAUUACAUCAUGUAUACUUAUUUAAAUGUUAUAUUUCAAAUAUAUACAUUAACACCAAGAUUUACAAAAUCAAUAGCAGUGAUUUUUUUGUUUAAAGUACAUAUUUCUUUCUAUCAAUUUAUAUAAAGGCAAUAGGAAUAGUGGGGUAAGUGCUUAAUUUACCAAAGUUUAAUUUAAUUUAUAUCAAAAUACCAAACUAUUAUUCAUUUAUAUACCCAGGUUUUGGUAAAUGAUUCUCAAUUUUAUUCAUCAAAUUAUAUAAUUAAAACUUCGACUACCUAGUUGUCAUUUUCCCUGCUUAAUAUUCAUGAGUCCUCCAUCAGCUGUUUAUAAUAUUCAAUGUAAAUUUCACACUGUUCACCUAAAAGGUAAAUUUAUUAAUGUAUGUAACUUUUGGCCUAUUAUAAAAAAAACAUUAUAAUACAUAUAUAUAAUACAAAGCUAGUUCAUAUGGGCAUCACAUCUUGUAAAAGACUGUUGCCUCCAACUUUGUCUACCUACAUUUAGGUUCCUAAUUAUCCUAAGAAGUUGUAACAAUUUAAUAAAUGUACUCUCAUUAAAUAUAAUAUAAUUUAACAGAUUUUCUUAUCGGUUAAUGCAGGUUCAAAUUGUGACAAAACAGUAAUUUCUUGCCGUCGAUAGACCCAGAAUCUCAAACCAUUACAUAAUCAUAUUAAGCAACUGUCAUUUUGUGUAAAUAUUUGAAAGGUGAUAUAUUAGUGGUGUAUGACCUAAUGACCAAGAUAAUGUUAUCAAAGAAUAUGUUAUUUUAUGAUAGGACUUUCGACACGACUAAAAUCAGCAAAGCAAAAAAGAAACAUACAAUGCAUUCAAUAAAUAUACCAAAAUAUAUUU